AUGACAUCCGCAGACCUAUUUGCUCGAGAGAAAAGCCCCGAGAAGGAGCUGGGGUUAAUGAACCUCGGAGAACACUGCUUCAAAUGCCAACAACUUGAUUUUUUACCAUUCAAAUGUGAAUACUGCCAACACACUUACUGCUCACAGCACCGAAACUUGGACAGCCACGAGUGUCGAGGCAAGGCCAAGUUCGAACGGGGCCGGAGUCCUGGGAAUUAUAACGAUGGAAGACCGAGUGCCCAAUCGCUAUUCCCCGAUCGAAAUGAGGAUAAGGCCAAGAUCAAUGAGAUGAUCGCCAACACCAAACGAAAGCCCACCAAUAUCAUCGAACGACAGUUGGGUACUGUCAAGGGCCCCGACGCAUUCAACAAGUUCAAGAAGUUUCUAAGUUUACAAAAAGAUAAACAGCCCAGAGGAACGAUCGGUAAACUAUUCCAAUCCAAACUGAAAUCCACCAACAAAAUAGUGGAACUUUCCAAGAUCAAGAAAACCGCCAUUGGAGAUCCCAAGAUCAAUGAAAGUGAUCGAAUCUACAUGUGGUGCCUAUACAUCGAUGGGAACGAAGAAGAAUUAAGCAAGAUCAACGUGGAAAACGACCGUAAACCAAUCUUCAUCCUGAAUAAGUGGCCCGUCGGUAGAGCCUUGGACAGUAUUACCGACCAUUUGAAAAUUAAAAACUACAAUAACAGUACUUUGGAAUCCUCGGAGAGACUAAACAUCUUCAUGUCGGAAAAUGGACCCCAAGACUGCAAAUUAGUGGAAAAUAACCACCGUACAAUCAAUUCUUUUAAGAAUGGCGACUUGAUCUACCUAGUGAAAGGCAGUCUCAAAUAG